CCUUCAUCCCUCACUGCCCAUUCCUUCAUCCCUCUCUGCCACUCCCUUCAUCCCUCUCUGCCCAUUCGUUCAUCCCUCUCUGCCCAUUCCUUCAUCCCUCUCUGCCCAUUAAUGCAUUUCUCUCUGCCCAUCCCUUCAUCCAUCUCUGCCCAUUCCUUCAUCCCUCUCUGCCCAUUAUUUCAUCCCUCUCUGCCCAUCCCUUCAUCCCUCUCUGCCCAUCCCUUCAUCCCUCUCUGCCCAUUCCUUCAUCCCUCUCUGCUCAUCAAUUCAUCCCUCUCUGCCCAUCCCUUCAUCCCUCUCUGCUCAUCCCUUCAUCCCUCUCCGCCCAUCAAGUCAUCCCUCUCUGCCCAUCCCUCAUCCCUCUCUGCCCAUCCCUUCAUCCCUUUCUGCCCAUCAAUUCAUCCCUCUCUGCGCAUCCCUUCAGCCCUCUCUGCGCAGGUGUUCAUCCCUCUCUGCCCAUUCUUUCAUCCCUUUCUGCCCAUCCCUUCAUCCCUCUCUUCCCAUUGCUUCAUCCCUCUCUGCCCAUCCCUUCAUCCCUCUCGGCCAAUCAAUUCAUCCCUCUCUGCCCAUCCCUUCAUCCCUCUCUGCCCAUUCGUUCAUCCCUCUCUGCCCAUUAAUGCAUCCCUCUCUGCCCAGACCUUCAUCCCUCUCUGCCCAUUUCUUCAUCCCUCUCUGCCCAUCCCUUCAUCCCCCUCUUUCCAUCCCUUCAUCCAUCUCUGCCCAUUCCUUCAUCCCUCUCUGCCCAUUAUUUCAUCCCUCUCUGCCCAUCCCUUCAUCCCUUUCUGCCCAUCCCUUCAUCCCUCUCUGCCCAUUCCUUCAUCCCUCUCUGCUCAUCAAUUCAUCCCUCUCUGACCAUCCCUUCAUCCCUCUCUGCUCAUCCCUUCAUCCCUCUCCGCCCAUCAAGUCAUCCCACUCUGCCCAUCCCGUCAUCCCUAUCUGCCCAUUCCUUCAUCCCUCUCUGCCCAUCCCCUCAUCCCUCUCUGCCUAUCAAUUCAUCCCUCUCUGCCCAUCCCUUCAGCCCUCUCUGCCCAUUCACCUUCAUCCCUCUCUGCCCAUUCCUUCAUCCCUCUCUGCCCAUCCCUUCAUCCCUCUCUGCCCAUCCCUUCAUCCCUCUCUGCCCAUCCCUUCAUCCAUCUCUGCCCAUCCCUUCAUCCCUCU